GGGUCCCUCGGUAUCGCCACACUUCGCAUCAUUACCACCGUAACGUGCGAGCCACUCAAUCACCGCUCGUCAUCUGAGACUAUAGUUCAAGAAUUCGAACGCGAGAAUAUAUAAGCGCCAUGUACGCUAAACGCUGCGCCGCCCUCGUUCUUCUCGUCGUGACAGUCGGCCUCGUAAACGCCAUUGAAAAUUACAUGGAUUACGGAGAAGAGAUGGCGGAGAAAACACCCGCGGACAACAUCCACGAGUUCUACAGGCUUCUGCUGCAACGCAACGCACUGGAUAACGCUGGUUUCGGCAGCAUCCCGUUGGAGCACCUGAUGAUCCGCAAGUCGCAGCGAUCCCCGUCGCUGCGUCUUCGAUUCGGUCGUUCCGGACCGCACAUUUCCGCGAGGGACCUGGCGAGACCCAUGGGCGCGGCGGCGGGAUACAACGACAACAAUUAAUCGGCGGAGCUGAUCCAGGGACACCUUUUCAAUUCGUUCUUGAUGGAAACGCGACUACCCUCUCUUGUAUAAAUUAUGUACAACUCGUGUCUCGUGUGUGUGUAUGUGUGUGUGUGAGUGUGCGUGCGUGUGUAUGUGUGCGUAUACUUUGUUCGCUGACCGGGCUUCCCUCUCUCGCGUCUCUUGAAAACUCUUUAAAAGGUGCAAAGCAUACGGCGAAUGCUAAUUUGCGCGCAAUCACGAUUGUGCACAAUCCGAAAGAUUAAUUAAAAGUAAAGAAGAAAAAAAUUGUGUCUUUUAUUUAUGUUAUUUGCGCCUUUUAUUUCCGCGCGUGUUUUAAUUAAAUUUAACACAACGGAACUGACGUAAUUGUCUCUGUUUCGCCUUGUACGAGAUUUUACGAGACGGUUGCUUUAUCUCAAGGGACGUGUUCCACGCAUUUAAAGAUAUUGUAUAUUUGUUUCGUAUAAUUGCGGGCAUUCCUCAAAUGAUACCGAUUUCAACCUUGUCAUUUUCGUUAAUUAGUGGCAGCGCUGUAAAAGGAAACUUGGCCUAAGUUCUUCGUUCGAUGGGGAUAACAAUCUGAGUUGCUUUGAAUCGUUUACGAAAGCAAUUGUUUCUUCGUUUAAUUACGCGCACAUCGGCACAGAAACGUAGAAAUAAUUUGCGCGAUGAUAUACAUGUCCCAGACGUUCCAAGCGAUUUACCGAUGAUGUACAUUUCAUGUCGAUUUCUUUCAAAAUUAAUAUUAAAAUACAAUCUUUAAAUAUUAAACAAAAACAAAAAAAAAGAUUUAUACGUUAAAUAUUUAAUUUAUAAAAAUUUAUAUGUCAUUUUUUUUCAUUAUCAACAUCUUAUAUUUUGAUUAGCAAGUUUUCUCAAAUUAAAUUUUUAUUAAAACACUUGAGGCAUAGCAUUUUAUUGUCCAUUUAGAAAUCCAUUAAGAGCUUUUAUUGGUCCAUAACGUAUCAUUUUGUAUCGAUCUUCUGAAUAUUAUUCUAAAGAAAGAUGAUAAAUUUUUUUAUGCGCGUGUAAAAUCUGAACUCUAAAGCAUCAUUCGGUACUUCUGGGACAUUAAAAUUUUCAACAGCUGGCCUGUUGGUCUAUCGAUCGAUUAAUAGGCGUAGUCUUUCGAUAAAUGUGCCAAAUAAUAUGAUCGUUGUAUCAUGAUGAAAAAUAAUAUCUACUCUGUCUAUAAAACAUAUACACAGAGCAGAUUAUAAAACUGUUACGACAAUUUAAAAAUACAUACGCGUAUUAUGGGAGCCGAUCGCAAAAUCAUUAAUGAUGCAUGUAGAUUGGCGAUUGAAAUAUAUAUGUGUAAAAAGAAUAAAAAAAAGAAAAAAAUACAAACUAGUUAUUUGCCGCAACAAGAGGGUCGCGUCUCAAAUGUGUGAAUAUGUCAAUUUGCAAAAUUAAAAAUAAAUUAUUAUGUAACACUGUGUCACAUUUA